GCGCAAUGGAGAUCAGGUCACAGAAGCUCCAAAUCCAGAGUUCGUCAAAUGGGUCAGGAAUGAUCAAAAUGUGCUGUCUUGGCUGUUUGGGUCUCUGUCAGAGGAUGCUCUGCGUUCUGUCUAUGGUCUCCACACAUCCCAGGAGGUAUGGUUUGCUUUGGCCAAGAAGUAUAAUAGGGUGUCUGCUACUAGAAAGUUAGAUCUGCAAAGGCGUUUAAACAAUUUGUCUAAGGAAGGAAAAUCUAUGACUCAAUACUUGUCUGAGGCUAAAACUAUAUGCGAUCAACUUGCGUCUAUUGGUUGUGCUCUCACAGAUCCAGAGAAAAUCUAUGGUGUGUUACAUGGUUUAGGUCAGGAAUAUGAAUCCAUAUCCACUUUUAUUGAAAACUCAAUGGAUACCUUUCCUACUCAGUCUUUUGAGGAUGUUGGAUAUCGUCUCACAAAUUUUGACGAUAAGCUUCAGGGAUACAAUUCUGCAGCCAGUGUCACACCGCAUCUUGCCUUUACUGCUGACAAAACCUACUACACUCAAGGUCGAGGUCAGAAUAAUGGUCGGUCUGGUUCUCGUGGAAGAGGUCGUGGCUACUCUACACGGGGAAGAGGGUUUCACCAACAAAUCAACUAUCAAUCCUCAGAUUCUGGUUCAGAACGUCCAACCUGUCAGAUUUGUGGUAAGUAUGGUCAUUCAGCAGUCAAAUGCUACAAGAGAUUUGAUCACUCAUAUCAGAUGGAAGAUGUUCACACGGCAAUGGCUGCAAUGACGCUCUCUGGUCAGACUCAGGGUCACGAAUGGCUUCCAGACUCGGCGGCAACAGCUCACAUAACCAACUCUACUGCUCAGCUCCAACACUCACAACCUUACAGAGGUGAUGAUGCAGUUAUUGUUGGUAAUGGAGAAUUCCUUCCAAUCACUCAUGUUGGUUCUAUAGCAAUUCCAACUCUCCAAGGACAAACGGACCAAACAGCUCCUCACACGAGGAAACAGGCAUAAAGAUCUUUAUGUGUUAGAGAAUUCUCAGUUUGCUGCGUUUUACUCUUCUAGACAACAAGCUACUUCUGGGGAGAUUUGGCACUUGCGACUGGGACAUCCUAAUGGUGAAAUACUGCAGCACCUAUCCAAUAAUAAAGCUAUAGUGAUGAAUAAAACAAGCAAUCGUUUGUGUGAUGCUUGUCAGAUGGGAAAGUCUUGUAAACUCCCAUUUUCUACUUCUGAUUUUGUUUCAAAAAGACCCUUAGAACGCAUCCACUGUGACUUAUGGGG